AUGUCUGUUGUGAUAAGCCACUUUCACAAUGAUCACAUCGCGGGAACAAUCGUGUUCGCUCAGGGAGGGGCGACCAUUGUAGGCAACGAGAAGACGAAGCGCACUGUCGAUCGCAACUCGCAGCGUCUAGCGACUGACGAUCCACCCAUCACGGCCGUGUCACCUACGGAUCUGUACACCGACAAGAAAGAGCUGAAGGUUGGAAAUCUGACGGUUGAGCUUCACAACUUCCAGGUUCACACUCCGGACGGGACGGUUCUCUACAUUCCAUCGAAGCAACUGCUGUUCGCUGGCGAUACUCUAGAAGAUACAGCCACAUUCAUCGCCCAACCCCGAGACCUACCAACCCAUCAGAAAGAGCUUCAGCGAAUGGCCGGCUUCCAGAUAUCAAAGAUUCUUCCAGCUCACGGAGAGCCGAACAGAAUCGCUGCAGGUGGCUACAACUCGACUUUCAUAAACGCAACGUUGCGAUACAUUGGCGUCAUGACUGAAGACGUGCCACAGCCGGCAGCCUGGACUAUGCCUCUGUCGCAAGUUGUAGCUGACGAUGUUGCCAAGGGGGAUCUGAUCUACUUCGCUCAGAGUCUCGGCAAGGGCGCUAAUAGGAAGACGGACGAAACAACCAAAGACAGAUAUCAGCGGUUGGGUAUGCCUUAA